UUUAAGGCCCUGCUGCGCCUGCGCCCUGGGCUUUCCUGACGCGGCCGGGCCGGACCCCGGAGGAGCUGGCUGGCGGGCAGGCUAGGGGUCGGGUGGUGCUGAGACAGCGGCGGCGCCCGGAGCGGUGGGCGAGAGCGGUCAGCGGCCCUGAGCUGCUCAGUGAGCGCGGCGCUCGAGGGGGCGCGGAAGGCGGCCCGCCGAGCCGGGCGCGGGGCCGAGGCGCUGAGACGCGGCGGCGCGGCUGCCGGCUGGAUGGGAAGUUAAUGUUUACGGCGGAGUACACCCAACGUUUCCAAGGUAUACGGUUUACAGUAAAUUGCAGAUGGAUUGUAGGAGUCAAGAUUCACUUUUUACCAUGUGGCGACAGACAAGGUUGCAGAAAAGCUGAGUUCUACUCUCUCAUGGGUGAAGAACACAGUAUCACAUACAGUCAGUCAAAUGGCCAGUCAGGUGGCAAGUCCAUCUACUUCAUUACACACUACAUCCUCAUCUACCACCCUAUCAACGCCAGGCCUUUCGCCAUCUUCCCCAUCACAGUUGAGUCCAGACGACUUAGAACUCCUGGCUAAACUGGAGGAACAAAAUAGAUUGUUAGAGACGGAUAGUAAGUCUUUAAGAUCUGUAAAUGGGUCAAGAAGAAACAGUGGCUCCUCCCUUGUAUCAAGUUCAUCAGCCUCUAGCAACCUCAGCCACCUUGAAGAAGAUUCUUGGAUUCUUUGGGGAAGAAUUGUUAAUGAAUGGGAAGAUGUGCGCAAAAAGAAGGAAAAGCAAGUUAAGGAACUUGUUCGUAAAGGGAUACCCCACCACUUUAGAGCAAUAGUUUGGCAACUUUUAUGCAGUGCACAGAGUAUGCCAAUUAAGGAUCAGUAUUCAGAACUCCUGAAAAUGACCUCACCUUGUGAAAAAUUGAUCCGAAGGGACAUUGCUAGAACUUACCCUGAACAUAAUUUUUUUAAGGAAAAAGAUAGCCUUGGACAGGAGGUUUUAUUUAAUGUAAUGAAGGCAUAUUCUUUAGUGGAUCGUGAGGUUGGUUACUGUCAAGGAAGUGCUUUUAUAGUUGGAUUGUUGCUUAUGCAGAUGCCCGAAGAAGAAGCUUUCUGUGUAUUUGUUAAAUUAAUGCAAGAUUAUAGACUUCGUGAACUUUUUAAACCAACGAUGGCAGAGCUGGGCCUUUGUAUGUACCAGUUUGAAUGCAUGAUACAGGAACAUCUUCCAGAGCUCUUUGUGCAUUUUCAGUCUCAGAGUUUUCAUACCUCAAUGUAUGCAUCAUCCUGGUUUCUGACUAUCUUUCUUACGACUUUUCCACUACCAAUUGCAACAAGGAUAUUUGAUAUCUUUAUGUCUGAGGGUUUAGAAAUAGUCUUUCGAGUAGGAUUAGCACUUCUUCAAAUGAAUCAGGCAGAACUGAUGCAACUCGACAUGGAAGGGAUGUUACAGCACUUUCAGAAGGUCAUUCCACAUCAGUUUGAUGGUGGUCCAGACAAAUUAAUCCAGGCGGCUUACCAAGUCAAAUAUAACUCAAAAAAAAUGAAAAAGCUUGAAAAGGAAUACACUACAAUAAAAACUAAAGAAAUGGAAGAGCAAGUUGAAAUUAAAAGGUUACGCACAGAAAAUAGACUUUUAAAACAGCGCAUUGAAACAUUAGAAAAAGAAAGUGCUUCCUUGGCAGAUAGAUUGAUACAGGGACAAGUGACAAGAGCCCAGGAGGCUGAGGAAAACUACCUCAUAAAACGGGAGUUGGCCACCAUCAAACAGCAGAGUGAUGAGGCCAGUGCUAAGCUGGAGCAAGCUGAAAAUACCAUCAGGAAGCUCCAGCACCAACAACAAUGGCAUAAAUGCAGUUCCAACUACAAUGAAGAUUUUGUGCUACAGCUAGAGAAGGAAUUGGUCCAAGCUCGUCUGAGUGAAGCUGAGUCUCAAUGUGCACUGAAAGAGAUGCAGGAUAAGGUCCUGGACAUAGAGAAGAGAAACAACUCCUUUCCUGAUGAGAAUAACCUUGCAAGGCUUCAGGAAGAACUCAUUGCUGUGAAACUGAGAGAAGCAGAAGCUAUUAUGGGUUUGAAAGAACUUAGACAACAAGUCAAGGAUUUGGAGGAACACUGGCAGCGCCACUUAGCUCGUACUACUGGGAGAUGGAAAGACCCACCUAAGAAAAAUGCUAUGAAUGAGUUACAAGAUGAACUGAUGACCAUUCGACUUAAAGAAGCUGAAACACAGGCAGAAAUAAGAGAAAUAAAACAAAGGAUGAUGGAAAUGGAAACACAGAACCAGAUCAAUAGUAACCAUCUUCGAAGAGCAGAACAAGAGGUGAUCAGUCUGCAGGAGAAGGUGCAGUACCUUUCUGCACAGAACAAAGGACUGCUUACUCAGUUAAGUGAAGCAAAGCGCAGACAAGCAGAGAUUGAAUGCAAGAACAAGGAAGAAGUGAUGGCUGUGAGACUCCGGGAAGCAGAUAGUAUAGCUGCCGUGGCUGAGCUACAGCAGCACAUUGCUGAGCUGGAAAUCCAGAAAGAAGAAGGAAAGCUUCAAGGACAACUUAACAAGUCUGACUCUAACCAGUAUAUUAGGGAACUGAAAGAUCAGAUAGCGGAGCUGAAUCAUGAGCUCAGGUGCCUAAAAGGCCAGAGGGGCUUCUCAGGCCAACCCCCUUUUGAUGGAAUCCACAUCGUCAACCAUUUAAUAGGAGAUGACGAAUCAUCCCAUUCCUCUGAUGAAGAUUUUAUAGAUAAUCCCUUACGGGAAUGUGGCAUUGGUUUUCCUUUGCACAGAAAAUCUGACCCGAUGUCUUUGGACCGCGCUGUGGCAGAUGGCAGUGAAAGCGAAACAGAAGACAGUGUGCUGGAGACCAGAGAGAGGGAUCGAAUGGCUCAAAAGGAGCGGCCCCCAAGAAGAAGAGAGUCAUACUCAACCACUGUCUGACCAUCACUGUGACUUAGACUGUGGCUUUUUUUAAGGGAUCAGUUAUCAUAUGAUUAAGGGUUUUUGGAACAUAUCUGUUUCAUAUGUACAUAUAUAUACAUAUAUUUUAUCUUAUCUGCCUUUUUAUCUUUGCCAAAUCUUCACCACUGACUUACCAUUGCCAUAAAAUAGACUGGAGUAUGGUUAAUGGGGAAAAUAAGGUUCUAACAGUAUUACUGAAUAUUAAUGUUUCUUGUUUAGAAAAUGCAAUUAUAUCUAUAUGUGGGAACACAUUUUAAAGUUUGGAACUAUGGAAAAUUGAAUUUUCUUCAGACAAAACUGCUCUUGUGCAAUAUUUUAUGCUCAGUGAACAAAUUGUAUAUUUAUGUUUUCCCAUUUGUUUUGAGGGCAUCUGUCUACAAACAUUUGACCAUACAUCUGAUUUAUCUUGUAUUUUUGUGUUUGGGGGAUUUUUUUUUUCAGUUAAAGUUAUACUCAUGCGCUGCAUAAUGACAUUUCGGUCAAUGACGGACCGCAUAUACCAUGGUGGUCCCAUGAGAUGAGUACCAUAUAGCCUAGAUGUGUGGUAGGCUAUACCAUCUAGGUUUGUAUAAGUACACUCUAUGGUGUUUGCACAACGACAAAAUCGCCUGACUACGCAUUUCUUAGAACGUAUCCCCAUCGUUAAACAACGCAUGACUGUACUGCUUUAUCAGUGGGCCACUGAAAGUUCCCAAACACAAAGCCUUUUUUCUGUGUAAUUUUAUAAAUACAAAUUAAUGGUUAUGUGUCUUGAGAGUUUUAAGGUUUUUUUAAUUUCUAAUUUUUACGUGCAUAUGAUGCUUCCAUGUGUUGCUUACCAGUCAGAGUAGUAGAUUAACUACAAAUAUAUUUUUUUGUACAUAUUUGUAAAUCUACAUCAGCCAACAUUGAACAUUAUUUUAUAUGGAGAAUGUACAUGUUGCAAAAUGACUGCCUUCAGCAUUCUAACAAGACUUCUAUAAAUAAUAGGUUAAAAGAAAAUUGAAAAUAAAACCAAACACUAAUAUUUAAUAGCUUUAGUAUUUUGCUUAGCAUUCAACACUAGCAAAUUCAUAACUGAUGCUUGUUCAAAAACACUAUUGGUAAAAUCUUUUACUUCAUGUAUAUGUAACUAAUAAAUUUUUCAUGAGAUUAUA